AUGGUCGCCAAAAGCCAUCCGGUACUACCAGGAUAUCAGCAGACCGUCCAACGUUUCAAUAAAGGUUUGAAGGAGGUUGCCAUGGCUGAACAAGGCUCCACUAUAGCAUCCAAUGCUGCAGAUGUCUAUGACUUCAAUAACCAUGAGGAUGGAAACAGUGGCAAUGAGCAACCACCACCUCCCCUCUCCAAACAGAAAGGAAGACGUGGCCGCAACACUAACCAGCUCCAGUUCAUGCUGAAGACAGUGGUGAAGGCAGUCUGGAAGCAUCAGUUUGCCUGGCCCUUCCAUCAGCCUGUAGAUGCCGUCAAGAUGCAGCUACAUGACUACCACAAGAUCAUCAAGACCCCCAUGGACCUGGGAACUAUCAAGAAGCGCCUGGAGACAUACUACUACAACUCAGCCAAAGAAGCCAUGCAGGACUUCAACACCAUGUUUACCAACUGUUACGUCUACAACAAACCAGGCGAUGAUAUUACUUUGAUGGCGCAGGAGUUGGAAAAACUCUUCCUACAGAAAGUGGCGGACAUGCCACCUGAGGAAAUUGAGUUGCCGAUCACAGGCAAAAAAGGAAAAGGAGCAAAAGCAGCAGCUGCAGCAGCAGCCAGGUCAGUCUUGAAGCACAUGAAUUCUGAUAAAUCUGUGAGCCCAACAUUAAUACCCCGCAGCACACCUGCACGGUCAGCCACGGCCCUGGUCUACCAGCCCCCACCCAAGGCUGUUGUAACAAGUCCACCAGUCAGCUCCAAGUUGGCCAUGAAUACCUCAGUGCCAUUAGAAGACAUCCAGCCAGCCUCCCUACAGCCUGUGCCACCGUCUGCUGUCUUACCGUCUCAGCCAUCCAAGCCCAAGAAGAGUUUGAAGAGAAAAGCUGACACAACUACUCCUGGUACUUAUGUUGGCUCGGCAGUCAUCCCAGCCCUGCAUUACGACCCACCAUAUGAACCCUUGAGUAUAGAGGAGGAAGGUCAGCACAGUCGCAGGGAAAGUGUGCGCCAGAUCAAGAAGCCCAAACUGCCAGAUGAGCCUGGAGUUAUCACUGAUGUCAAUCAGCACAGCUCCAAGAGUAAAAAGAGCAGACUGACAGAGCAGAUGCGUUAUUGUAGUGCCAUUGUCAAGGAGCUCAUGACCAAGAAACAUCAGGCUUACGCAUGGCCCUUUCUGAAGCCUGUGGACGCCGAGGGCUUGGGACUGCAUGACUAUUAUGAUAUUAUCAAGAAACCCAUGGAUCUCGCAACUGUCAAGAAAAAGAUGGAAACUCGGGAGUACCGAGCUAUCAGUGAGUUUGCUGAAGAUGUUCGCCAGAUAUUCCACAACUGCUACAGGUACAACCCUCCUGACAGUGAUGUGGCUAAAAUGGGUAGAAAGUUACAGGAAGUGUUUGAGAUGAAGUACGCUCGAAUGCCUGAAGAUGCCCCCCAGACUGACCCCACCCCACCCUCAUCAGUGGCAUCAGGGUUGACCAGGGGUGAGGAAGGAAGUGGUCUGUCCUCCGUUGACCACAGUUCUGAUAAUGACAGCGAGGAAGAGAGGGAGAGAAAGCUCAGUGACCUCCAGGAGCAGCUGGCCAAAGUUCAAGAACAGUUGGCAUCACUCACCAGGGAACAUGUGCAACGACUGAAAGAGAAAAAUGAAAACAAAACUAAGAAGAAGAAGAAAAAAGACAAGGAAGAGAUAAAGAAAGAGCUCACAGACACCAUCACCCCACCUCCUCAUGUUCCAAUGGCAUCGUUGCCGCCCCCAGCUCUCACAAAAGACACUCCAAAACCCAAGAAAAAAUCAAAACAAAAAUCUCCAGCCAACAAGAAACCCAGGAACAACAGCAUUAACCUCGGGGCUCCCAACCACAAGCGAGCCGGCCUCCUGCCAGCAGCUGCUCCUGUGCCACCACCGUUUGACAGUGACGAAGACGAAGACAAUGCAAAACCCAUGACCUAUGACGAGAAACGACAGCUAAGCCUGGAUAUCAACAAGCUACCAGGUGAUAAGCUCGGUCGAGUGGUUCACAUCAUACAGUCCAAGGAGCCAUCCUUAAGGGAUUCCAACCCUGAUGAAAUUGAGAUUGAUUUUGAAACUCUGAAACCUUCAACACUUCGAGAGCUGGAAGAGUAUGUGAUGACAUGUCUAAAGAAAAAGCCCCGCAAAGCUUACACCAAGAAGACUUCAGGCAGAUCUAAAGAGGAUGCUCAGAGGGAAAGGAAGAUGGAGCUGGAGAAGAGACUAGAAGGUGUUCAGCAACAGCUGGGCCAACCCAAGAAGUCGAAGAAAGAUGAUGGCGCACCCGGCGGAGAGAUGGCAGUUUCCAGCAGGUUGAGUGGCAGCAGCAGCAGCAGCUCCGGCAGUGACACCACUAGUGACAGCAGCUCUUCCAGCUCCUCAGAGUCAUCCGAUUCCGAAUCAGAAUCCCCAAAGAAGAAACAGAAGUCAGCAACAAAAAAGACAAGUCAAGGGAAGGUUGGUCAGCUGGACAUGUCCAAUGUAUCAUUUGGAGCCACAGAUAGUUCAGACACUUCCCUGCCAAUCAACGUCACCUCACCUGUAGUCUCCCACACAUUCCCAAGGCUGCAGCCUGGGAUACCUGCAGCUGGUGCAGCACUGUUACACGCAACUCUAGGCACAGCUGGCUCACCGAGUCUCAGCCUGUCCAACAGUGCCGGCACAUCUCCUGUCACAGCUGUAGGUAACAUGGUGAAUCGAAACGCCACACCUGUCCUACCUCCAAAGCAAGCAGCGCUCUUGGCCACACCCAGACCAGCUCCUAGACCUACAAUUCCUGUGAGUAGUAGCCCAGUGCCUGGUACUCUUGACCGCAGAUUUCCACUGAUACCAGGACCUGAAGGCACUCCUGCCACCAGUUUACCUGGACGCAGACCUUCCAAGGAAGCUCAACCCCAGCAGAUGUCACAGCAGAUCCCACCAAGAAUAGGUUCCGUGUUCCUGGGUUCUACUUCACAGAAACUAGACGAUCACCUUCCAUUUUCUCUCAGUGAUGAGGACUCCAGUUCCUCUCCUCAUCCCCCAAAGCCUAUGUCAUCAGUGCCGCCGGCACCACCUGGGGCCACAAUGUCUGCCAGUGGUGUCGGUAUUGCUUAUGGCACAGUGCCCAGUCAUCUCAACAAUUCCAUGAAAUCCAACGAUGUGGAAAACAAGACUCCGCCUGUACACCCAUCCUCUCAACCCACAGGCAAGAUGGAGAACAAGUUGAACAAUGCUCAGUCAUGGAACUCUAUCACAGCCAGCUUCCAGCAUUUUAAGAAAAUCAGUGAGAUGAAGACACAAAAUGAAGUUUUUCUGAAAAAGGCUGAAGAGCAGAAACAGAAGUUGGCCAAAGAAAGACAGAGGAUGGAGGAGGAGAAGAAACG